AUGCUGGUGUCUAAGGGAAGGCGACUUGAUUCUGUGGGAAGGGCUAUACCUGAUCCAUCUAUUUUCUAGAUUUGAGUAUGAGCACAGUUGAAGAGGAUUCUGACACAGUAACAGUAGAAACUGUGAACUCUGUGACUUUGACUCAGGACACAGACGGGAACCUCAUUCUUCAUUGCCCUCAGAAUGAAGCUGAUGAAAUAGACUCAGAAGAUAGUACUGAACCUCCACAUAAAAGGCUUUGUCUGUCUUCUGAGGAUGAUCAGAGUAUUGAUGAUUCUACUCCUUGCAUAUCAGUUGUUGCACUUCCACUUUCAGAAAAUGAUCAGAGCUUUGAGGUGACCAUGACUGCAACCGCAGAGGUGGCAGAUGAUGAGAUUACUGAGGGAACUGUGACACAGAUCCAGAUUCUACAGAAUGAGCAACUAGAUGAAAUAUCUCCCUUGGGUAAUGAGGAAGUUUCAGCAGUUAGCCAAGCAUGGUUUACAACUAAAGAAGAUAAAGAUUCUCUGACUAACAAAGGACAUAAAUGGAAACAGGGGAUGUGGUCUAAGGAGGAAAUUGAUAUUUUGAUGAACAAUAUUGAACGCUAUCUAAAGGCACGCGGAAUAAAAGAUGCUACAGAAAUCAUCUUUGAGAUGUCAAAAGACGAAAGAAAAGAUUUCUACAGGACUAUAGCAUGGGGUCUGAACCGGCCUUUGUUUGCAGUUUAUAGAAGAGUGCUUCGCAUGUAUGAUGACAGAAACCAUGUGGGAAAAUAUACACCUGAAGAAAUUGAAAAGCUCAAGGAGCUCCGGAUAAAGCAUGGCAAUGACUGGGCAACAAUAGGGGCGGCGCUAGGAAGAAGCGCGUCUUCCGUCAAAGAUCGGUGCCGACUGAUGAAGGAUACUUGCAACACAGGGAAGUGGACAGAAGAAGAGGAAAAGAGACUUGCAGAGGUGGUUCAUGAAUUGACAAGCACUGAGCCUGGUGACAUAGUGACACAGGGCGUGUCUUGGGCAGCUGUGGCAGAACGAGUGGGGACCCGCUCAGAAAAGCAGUGUCGCUCUAAAUGGCUCAACUACCUGAACUGGAAACAAAGUGGAGGUACUGAAUGGACCAAGGAAGAUGAAAUCAAUCUCAUCCUCAGGAUAGCAGAGCUUGAUGUAGCUGAUGAAAAUGACAUAAACUGGGAUCUGUUAGCAGAGGGAUGGAGCAGUGUCCGUUCACCACAGUGGCUUCGAAGUAAAUGGUGGACCAUCAAAAGGCAAAUUGCAAAUCAUAAGGAUGUUUCGUUUCCUGUCUUAAUAAAAGGUCUUAAACAGUUACAUGAGAACCAAAAAAACAACCCAACGCUUUUGGAGAAUAAAUCAGGAUCUGGAGUUCCAAACAGUAAUUCCAAUUCCAGUGUACAGCAUGUCCAGAUCAGAGUCGCCCGCUUGGAAGACAGCACAGCCAUGUCUCCAAGCCCCGUGGCAGCCUUGCAGAUUCCGGUCCAGAUCACCCAUGUCUCUUCAACGGAGUCCCCUGCCGCUACUGUUGACUCGGAAACAAUAACACUAAACAGUGGAACACUACAGACAUUUGAGAUUCUUCCAUCUUUCCAUUUACAGCCCACUGGCACUCCAGGCACAUACCUACUUCAAACAAGCUCAAGCCAAGGCCUUCCCCUAACUCUGACGGCUAGUCCCACAGUAACCCUGACAGCUGCUGCUCCUGCUUCUCCUGAACAGAUCAUUGUCCAUGCUCUAUCCCCAGAACAUUUGUUGAACUCAAGUGACAAUGUCACAGUACAGUGUCACACACCAAGAGUCAUCAUCCAGACUGUUGCCACAGAGGACAUCACUUCUUCCAUGUCCCAAGCAGAACUGACGGUAGAUAGUGAUAUUCACUCAUCUGAUUUUCCUGAGCCUCCAGAUGCCCUAGAAGCAGACACUUUCCCCGAUGAAAUUCAUCAGCCUAAGAUAACUGUAGAGCCAUCAUUUAAUGAUGCUCAUGUAUCCAAAUUCAGUAACCAAAAUAGCACAGAACUGAUGGAUAGUGUUAUGGUCAGAACAGAAGAAAUCUCUGACACCGACCUUAAACAAGAAGAGUCGUCUUCUCCUUUAGCCCGUGCUUACGUUACUGAGGACCUCGAGUCUCCUACCAUAGAAGAACAAGUUGAUCAGACAACCAUUGACGAUGAAACAAUACUUAUUGUUCCUUCACCACAUGGCUUUAUCCAGGCAUCUGAUGUUAUCGAUACCGAAUCGGUCUUGCCUUUGACGACGCUAACAGAUCCAAUACUCCAACAUCAUCGAGAAGAAUCAAAUAUCAUUGGAUCAUCUUUGGGCAGUCCUGUUUCAGAAGACUCAAAGGAUGUUGAAGAUUUGGUCAACUGUCAUUAG